AUGGAUAGUGUUCGAGCUCUAGAAGUGAUGGGCCUUCUUCAAGAGAAGAUCGCAUUCCUCACUGGUGGUCGAGACAAGCGAGGGGCGCCUGUAGUUACGUUUCCCUCUACUCCACGAAGAGAACGAGCUAAGCUUGAAGAUUAUCGACGGUUAUUGCAAUAUUUUGGAUCUAUACCCCCAUGUGAAGCUAAAGAAUCAGGUUUAGUAGCUGUGAUUGAUAUGCGAGGUGGUUCUGGCUGGUCAUCGGUCAAACCAAUCUUGAAAGCCCUCCAAGAUUGGUGUGCUGGAGGCAAUGGGAACCAUGUGUAUGCUGUAUAUGUUGUAAAACCUGAUAAUUUUUGGCAUAAACAACGAACCAGCAUGGCUAGUCAUAAAUAUAAAUUCGAAACAACGAUGGUUAAUUUAGAAGGCUUAUCAAAGUUUAUAGAUUCUACACAACUUACGUCAGAUCUCGAUGGAUCUCUACACUAUGAUCACGCACAAUGGAUUGAUAUUAGACUUAGUAUUGAAGAAUUUAUGUGGCAAGCUGCUGAUUUGUUAGAUCGAUUAGAUGAUUUACAAGAAGAUUUGAGUCGUAAUGAUUGUAGAGAUGAUAUUGCUGGUGCCAAACUUGCCCUUGACUUUCAUACCGACAUGAAAAAGAAAGUACUUAAGACCCCUGUAGAGGACAUGGAUUUAGCUGGUCAACAACUUUUGCAGAGAUUAUCUGGAGACAAUAAUAGUGGUUAUGAUUCUGGUUAUUCUGGACGUGAUAGUGAAGCUAGCAAUGGUAUUAGUAAUCCAGAUUUACAAGCAUCUGUACCACAAAUACUUCAACAAUUGGAUACCAUUAGAACGUCUCAUAAACAUGUGUUACAGCUAUGGCAGCAUAAAAAACUUAAAUUAGAUCAAUGUUUCCAGUUGAGACUGUUUGAACAAGAUUGUGAAAAGAUGUUUGAUUGGAUUUGCCAUAAUCGGGAUGUAUUUUUGAUGAGUUAUGUUGAAAUUGGACAUUCCUAUCAACUUGCCAAAGAUAUACAAGAAGAGCACAAUCAUUUCACAAUGAGUUCUAUGAAUGUGUAUGUGAACAUAAAUCGUAUUGUAGCUGUUGCACAUCGUAUGAUAGAAUCUGGACAUUAUGCUUCUAAUCAUAUAAGAACAGUUGCUCAACGAUUAGAUAGAACAUGGAAGCAGUUUGCAGCUGGAUUAGAUGAACGGACAUCAGUGUUAGCAUUGUCUGUUUUAUUUCAUCAUAAAGCUCAGCAGUAUGUGGAAAAUGUACCAAACUGGGAUGAGGCCAUUGAAAAUGUAACCAUACCAAAUGAAAUUAUGGUGUUAGAAAAUUCAAUUCACCAACAUCAGAACUUAUACGAACUCAUGUGCCAAGCAUAUACUGAGGUUUAUAAUGGGUAUCAAAGCCUAUUAAACGGGCUGGAUACUUUGGUACAAGUCUGCGAAAGUUUUCCAACUCCUCCAAGCAAUGUACCAUUAAUACAUUAUGGCAAUUCUCCACAAAAAAAUGUUCAUAGCACGAGUAAGAAGCUGCUCUAUCAGUUGGACCAUUUGGUUCAGGUGUGUAACCAAAGUGACUUGACACCAGUCGCUGAACAACAUCAUAAACAUCUGGAUAGUGGAUCAGAUUCUUCAGCCAACACAACUAAGACAGUUGGAACAAACCACCAACAAGCUGCAGCUGAUUAUUCGGAAGGCGCCAGUCAUGUGCUUGCUGUCAUACACCAAAUUUUAAACCAUCAUAGAAGUUUAGAACAUCGAUGGCAUUCUAAGAAAAUAAGACUUCAUCAGAAAUUAGCAUUACGAUUAUUUCAAGAAGAUGUCAAACAAGUUCUUGACUGGUUGUCUAACCAUGGAGAAGUGUUUUUAAGAAAGAAUACUGGAAUCGGACGGACAUUACAAAAAGCUCGGGUGUACCAAAAAAGUCAUGAACAUUUCGAAAAUGUGGCCCAGUUGUCGUUCGCCCAUCUACAGUAUUCUAGUUAG